AUGUCUAACCCCCCGAUUCCCACCACCGCAAAGCCCAAAAACACCAUCCAAUCCAUCGCCGACCGCAUCAAAACCAACCAAAUCACCCGAAUAAUCGUCCUAACAGGCGCAGGAAUCAGCACAUCAGCCGGGAUCCCCGAUUUCCGAACCCCCAAAACAGGUCUCUACGACAGACUAGCACCUUUAAAACUGCCCUCCCCCGAAUCAAUCUUCCACAUAAGCUACUUCUCCCACUCACCGGAACCAUUCUACGCCAUUGCCCAAGCCCGCCACCCAACAACUCUCAAACCAACACUUUCCCACGCAUUCCUAGCCCUCCUAGCAAAGAAGAAUCUACUUCAUUUCCUGUUUACUCAAAAUAUCGACGGCCUGGAAGAAGAUGCCGGUGUUCCCGCGGAAAAGAUACUAUGGACACAUGGUAAUUGGAAAGAUCAACACUGUUCCAAAUGCAAGUCCGCCUACCCGGACAAUAUGAUGCGAAAAGCAAUCCGCGCCGGCGAUGUCCCCUAUUGUCUCGCACCCAAGUGCGACGGCGCUAUAAAGCCCGACGUGGUAUUCUUCGGAGAAAGUCUACCAGAAGAAUUCGAUGAAAAGGUGAAACUUAUCCCGGAGGCGGAUUUGAUGAUUGUUAUGGGGACUAGUUUACGUGUUGCGCCUUGUUCAGGGAUACAGCGAAUGAUGGGACCAGGUGUCCCGCGGGUUCUGAUUAAUAUGGAACGAUGUGGUGAUAUGGGGAGUCAGGAUGGGGAUGUUUGUAUUCUGGGAGAUUGUGAUGAGGGGGUUAGUGAGUUUGCGGAGGCUUUGGGGUGGGGUGAUGAACUUAAAGCUCUUUGGGAGGAGGUUGUUGCUGUUAAGGAGGCUAAGGCUAAAAUUGAUGGGAAUGGAGGUGAAGAUGAAGAUGGUCCGGAUUUGGAUGCUUGUAUUGCUAAGAUGGCUGCGCAGAUGGAUGAGAGGUUGGGGAUUUCGAAAGGCCAUAAGAAAAUGUUGGAGAGUCAUCUUAGUGAUAAAUUUGCGAGGAUGAUGGCUGGUAGUCGCCCAGCAUCGUGA